AUGCAACAAAACGCCGGAACAGUGUACUGGCUUGGCGCGAGAUCAGAAGACGGUCGCUGGGACAAUUUUACUUGGAGCGACGGCAGCGCAGUCGGAUACCGAGGCUGGCAGCAAUACAACGAAUCUGAUGAGAGGGAUGCCUGUUUGGGAGUUCAAUGGAAGUCAUCCCCAGUCCCAUCGCAGCCCAGCGGCCUUUUCUGGACGUUACACAAAUGCUCUGCCACGGGCGGCUACGUUUGCAAACGAAGACUCUCCGAGGUCAUCGUCAAAAACAGGACUGUCGAAGGGUCAUCAGGCACACUAACAAGUCCCGAGCACCCAAACCUGUACGACAACGACCUGGACUACUGGGUGCACGUGGUCGGACCUCCUGACACCCGGCUCGUGUUCGUCUUCCAGCGGAUCGAUUUGGAGUUCCAGAAGGACUGUCUCUACGACUAUGUUGAACUCCGGGAUACCCUUAACCUGAAGUCGUCGCGAUACUGCGGAACCGUCGGGGAGACGAGAUGGGUCGCUUCCAGCAACAAGGCUGUACUGCACUUCCACUCAGAUUACAACACUCAGGCAUCGGGGUUUUCCCUAAUCUGGCAAGCGGUGGAACUGGUGGGGUGCCCAUCGCAAACUUUCACGUCCAAGGAGGGCGUGCUGCGCAGCCCACACUUUCCUCAUUUCCUGCUGCCUGACUUAGACUGCACUGUCGACAUCUUAGCUCCUGCAGGCAAACGAGUCUUCCUAAACAUCACCUACCUCGACUUCGGCCACGGCACCUUCGAAAAGGGCCUCCCGUCCAACCUCACGGACGCCACAGACCCCGACUCCUUCCUCGAAGUGCAAGUGGACCUGCAGGACCAGCCCAUCAGACCGUUCACCAACCCUGACGUGUUCACGAGCGGGCUGUUCGUGUCGACGGCGGAGGUGAUGCGAGUGAGGUUCAAGACCGGAAGGAACGUUAGUGGGAAGGGGUUUCAGGCUUAUUUUAAAACUAUGGGCACAAUAAACGUGACACACACCCUAGAGCUCCACCACGUCCGCUCAGGCCGACUGUCAGCCCCCAACUGGCCUCGCGCUCCACCGCCGCGCUUCACGCUGCGCACGCGACUUAUCGCGCCACAUGAUCAUACGUUAUCUGUGGCAUUUGCGAAAACUACGCUUGCUAGCGGGGAGGAGCCGUGGCCUUGUGGGGAAGGGAGAGGAUGGAUAGAGGUGAAAGACAGCUACACAGACAACAACGGUACACAGUGGACGCUCUGCGAAGCGGACCGAGCGAAGCGAAGAACAGAGACCCCACUGGUGAUCAACAGUUACUUGCACUCGCUGACAGUGACCCAAUGUGCGGGGGAGAAUGGCGUACAUAUGGAUGUUGCGUUGCUGGUUAAUAAAGAUCCAGACUACCACAGUAAAGUUUUACUGCUCUCUGAAGGCGAGGACACGUACAUUGAGUCCUGCUACCCAAACCCUUGCGUACACGACGGGUUCUGCGCUACUGAUGAUACGAAGAACUUUUGUCAGUGCGCUGGGUACUACACAGGAAUGUUCUGCCUCCUUAACGCCUGCGAGCGCUCGCCCUGCGUAUUCGGCAACUGCACCCUGUCAGAAGAUUCGUUCUUGUGCCUGUGCGCGCGCGGCUGGCUGGGGCGCCGCUGCGCCGAGCGCGUGCGCCCGUGCGCCGCGCGCCCCUGCAACAACCGCGGCGCCUGCAGCGAGCGGGACGGCGGGUUCCUGUGCCAGUGUAACCCGUCGUGGAAGGGGAAGAGGUAA